UCGGCUGCUCCUCCUUGUGCUCCUGCAGCUCGGUUGUUGUUUCGUGAAGCUCCGCCCACAUCUCUCAGAGAAACAUCGUCUCUGGAACAGCAACUCCUUGCUUGUUGCACUGUGACAUUUGCGGCGACGAGUCGGCGCAACAGAGCGGCCCGAGUUACUGGAUCCAGCCCCCCGCCCCCCCCCGCCCCCCCUUACUCCUGGAGCACGAUGUCUGUGUCGGAGAAGUAGCCGGGAUGAGCGUCAGCUCCGCGGCGUCCGGCGCGGGCCCCUGUCGCUUCGCCCACUACUUUGUUAUCUGCGGGAUAGACACGGACACGGGACUGGAGCCGGACGAGUUGUCAGCUUUGUACCAAUGGCUCGAAGCGGACCGCCAAGGCAGGGAUCCAGAUACUGCAGCAGCAGGUGAAAACGUUGAGCAAAAUCCCCUAAAGAGGACGUUCAAGUCCAAAGUUCUGGCGCGCUACCCUGACAAUGUGGAGUGCAACCCCUUUGACCAGGAUGCUGUCAACAUGCUGUGUUUGCCUAAAGGACUGUCAUUCCGGACGCAGGCAGACCGACGGGAUCCUCAGUUUCACUCCUUCAUCAUCACCAAGGAGGACGGUUCUCGAACUUAUGGCUUCGUCCACACCUUCUACGAGGAGGUUACCAGUCCGCACAUCUGCUCGACCAUGCAGACCCUCUACCAGAGGCACACUGCAGAGCACGCCACCAAACCCUCUUCCUCCUCCCCCUCCUCUUCCUCCAGCAUGGACUCUCUGGCCAGCAGUGUAGACGAUGCCGACUCCCCCACCUCUUCAUCUCGUGCUGCGGGAGGCUACGACUCAUCGCGGGACUCCCUCUACGUGUCCAAAGCUUUAUGUCUGAUCACCCCCAUGCCAUUCAUGUACGCCUGCCGCCACUUCCUGUCACAGCUGCACAGGGCUGUUACAGCAGCCGCUGCCCCCCCACUGCCACUGGAGAGCUACAUUCACAACAUCCUGUAUGAGGUGCCACUGCCCGCCCCGGGUCGCACACUCAAGUUCCACGGUGUAUACGAGCCCAUCGUGUGCCAGAGGCCUGGCUCGGGGGAGCUGCCGCUGGCUGACUUCCCCUUGUCGGAGGCCUUCAGACUGCUGGGAGUGGAGAACCUGGUCCAGGUUUUCACCUGCACCCUGCUGGAGAUGCAGAUCCUCCUGUGUUCCCAGGACUACCAGCGGUUGAUGACGGUGGCCGAGGGUAUCACCACGCUGCUGUUUCCCUUUCAGUGGCAGCACGUCUAUGUUCCCAUCCUGCCUGCCUCGCUCCUCCACUUCCUGGACGCUCCAGUUCCAUAUUUAAUGGGGCUGCAGUCAGAGGAGGGCACCGACUGCUCCAAACUGGAGCUUCCUCAGGAGGCCAACUUGUGUUUCGUGGACAUUGACAACCACUACAUCGAACUUCCGGAGGACUUCCCCCAGUUCCCCAACAAGACGGAGUUCAUCCAGGAGCUCAGCGAAGUACUGCUGAGCUUUGGCAUUUCUGUCGACACGGGGCCCCCACCAAAAACCAACAGCAGCCCGGCCAGCGACCCCUCCACACCUAGCAGGGAGCAGCUGGAGGACGACGGGCGUAAUGGCAACCUGGCAGGGGAGGAGCUGGAUGUGCUGGAGCUGCUGCAGGGAAACCCCACCCUGGAGAGACUGCAAGUGCUGACCAAACGCACCGGGGUCACACUGUCCCGUCCAGAUGUUCUGAGGGCUCACAGGACUGACGGACAAAGGGUGUGGACAGCAGUUGAGGUGGAGGGACUGAGGAAUGCCAAGCUGAACGUCCAGCUGAGGGAGGUGUUUGCCAGCCGCUUCACCACCAUGUUUGCUGACUAUGAUGCCUUUGUCAUCCAGAGUGCGGUGAACCUGGAGUCCUGGCUCACCAGCAGGGAGCAGAUGCACAACUUCGACAAGGCCUCGUUCCUGUCGGACCAGCCGGAGCCUUACCUCCCCUUCCUCUCCCACUUCAUCGAGACGCAGAUGUUCGCUACCUUCAUUGAUAACAAGAUCAUGUCCCAGUGGGAGGAGAAGGAGCCACUGCUCCACGUCUUUGACGCUCGCAUCGACAAGGCCCGGUUCUACAACGUGCGUGCUCCCAGCCUCAGAUCCUCGGGCUACCAGAGGUGCUCCAUCCUGAAGGAGUCAGCUCAGGCCAUCGAGCAACGGCUCAGGAGGGUUGACCACACCGCCGUCCACCCCCACCUGCUCGACAUGAAGAUUGGUCAGGGCAAGUACGAGCAGGGAUUCUUUCCCACACUGCAGGCCGACGUGCUCAACUCGGGGCUGACCAAUAGCAAGUGGUCUCAUAGGAUGGCAACAGCUCAGCAGAGGAAAGACUGCUACAGACAACACACAGAGCACCUGAGGCUUGGUAACGACCUGAAGGAGCAGGUGGAGGGCUGUCUGGUCCUGCAAAACUCCAUGGCACUUUGGGAGUGGGACAAAGCGUCCUCUCCGCCUAGCAAACCGCCUAAAAAAUCUGCCUCUGCGUCCUGCCUGAAGUUCCUGCAGGAGGCUCGCAGCCUGGGGAAGAACCUGCGACAGCCCAAACUGUCUGAUCUGUCUCCUGCUGUCAUCGCCCAGACCAACUGGAAGUUUGUGGAGGGUCUGCUCAAGGAGUGUCGCAUCAAGACCAAGCGUAUGCUGGUGGAGAAGAUGGGCCGGGAGGCUGUGGAGCUGGGUCACACUGAUGCCAACAUCACUGGACUGGAGGAGAACACUUUGAUCGCCAGCCUGUGUGACCUGCUGGAGAGGAUCUGGAGCCACGGGCUGCAGGUCAAACAGGGGAAGUCGGCCCUGUGGUCCCACUUGCUGCACUACCAGGCCCGUGAGGAGAAACUGGAGAAGCAGCACACAGAGUCAACAUUGUCACAUGUUCCUGAGAGGAGGAAGUCUGACUCGUCCAUGUCGCUGCCGUCGCUCCGUGUGUCUAUUCUACAGGACAUGAGUCACAUCCAGAGCAUGUCGGAGAUCAAGACCGAUGUGGGCCAAGCCAGAGCCUGGAUCCGUUUGUCCCUGGAGAAGAAGCUGCUCUCUCAGCAUCUCAAACAGCUGCUGUCCCGACAAACCUUAACCAGGAAGCUGUACAAGCGCUACGCCUUCCUGCGCUGCGAGGAGGAGAAGGAGCAGUUCCUCUUCCACCUGCUCUCUCUCAACGCCGUCGACUACUUCUGCUUCACCAGCGUCUUCACCACCAUUAUGAUCCCAUACCGAGUCGUCAUCAUCCCCAUCAAGACGCUGAGCAACGCCAUGACCACGUCCAACCCCUGGGUGUGUGUUUCAGGAGAGCUGGGGGACUCGGGGGUCAUGCAGAUCCCCAAGAACAUCCUGGAUAUGACUUUUGACUCUGCUUUCAGGCCGCAUAUGCACAUCUUCACCUUGUUCAAGUGUCACAACCUGGGGAAGCUGACCACGGUGCAGUUGGGUCAUGAUAAUGCUGGUCUCUUGGCGAAAUGGCUGGUGGACUGUGUGAUGGUGCGUAACGAGAUCACAGGACACACAUUCAGGUUCCCAUGUGGUCGAUGGCUCGGUAAGAGCGUGGACGACGGCAGCCUGGAGAGGGUUCUGAUUGGGGAGCUGGUGGAGCCCGGUGGAGAGGAGGAUUCUGCGAGGGGCUGCCGUACACCCCCGCCGCAGCGUUCACCGUCCCAGACCAGACACAUCAGCAUCACAUCACAGUGUGGACGAGCAUACAAACCAACUUCAGCCCAAAUCCAAGAGGCCAUUGUGGAGGCAGUGAGCAACAUCGUCAGACACUUCCAGAAGCCGGAGAAAGAGAGGGGCAGCCUGACGGUGCUGAUGUGUGGGGAGAACAGCUUGGUGGCAACACUGGAGCAGUUCUUCCAUCAUGGCUUUAAGUCCACCAGGCUCUUCCAGAAGACUGUGUUUGUGUGGGACUUUGUGGAGAAGGCUGUUGCCUACAUGGAGUCAGCUGACCAGAUGGGAGACCUUCAGGAGACCACAGAGCUGGGGAUGACCUGUCAGUCACUCUGUCACUACACUAAUGCAAUCAACUCCACUACCAGGAACAUCGGCAAGGAUGGCAAGUUCCAGCUGCUGGUCUGCCUCGGAGCCAGAGACCAUCUGCUGCCCCAGUGGCUCCCCCUGCUGGUGGACUGUCCUGUGAUCCUGCAGAUGUAUGAGGACAAGGCUCUGCUAAGAGACCACUCGACCGUCAGUGCCCUCAUCAAAGUCCUGGAGACACUUCACGAUUUCCCCAUCACACUGGAAUCCUUGCUGAUCAGAGGCAUUGACCUUUAACCCCUCACCACCAACUUCAACACAAGUGACUCUGCAGAUUAGUCAGAUUACCUGGGAAGGGGGAGAUGAGGGACCGUUAAGUGGCAUUAAAAUGAAAGGGACAUUUAGUUACAAAAGCUAAAUGUUACUAUGUUUCAUGUUAGAAUUGGCCAUUGCCUCAAAAGACUCUUUUUCAGGAAAUUACAACUACUACUUUAUAAUUUUGAAUUUAUUAAUAGCAAAUUCCAAAUACUUGAUAUUGGUGUGUACAGUUGUCCGACUGACUUCCCACCUUCCAGGCAGACUUUGGUUUCAAUUCACCUCACUUCACCUUGAAAAUCAUGAAGGAACACGUCGCCAGGGCAACAGUGUAGCUCAGAGACAUUGGGUGAUACACUUUCAUCUGUCAAUAAGUAAAUGAGACUCAUACUUUAACCUACUCAAUCAACAAAGAAUUUCAAAUCACUUGGUAAAUAUUUUUACAAUGAAUAACAAAGUUCAUCGAAUGUUUUUGCAAGUUGAUCUCCAUAAUGCACGCAAACAAACAGAAAGGGUGUCUGCCUAGGAGGAAGGAGGUCAGUCUGACACCACUGGCUUGCUUCAUGUUGAGUUGCAGCAGCAGACCUUUCCUUGUGUUCUAGCUGUUAACUGCCCUCACACCCUGGUUAGUGUUAGCCUUACUGAGUGUGCCCCUGGGAUGUGGAAAGAAGAGAAGACCUCAGGAAAAGACUGACACUGGAACAAGGAUUUGAAAAAAGAACUGUGAUGCUUGUUGGAUCCUGCUCGGCGACCUACUGAAUGACAUGGUGCUGGUAUCGCACUGGACUCAUGUUGGGCAUUUUCUCAGCUCCUUGCCUGUUGAACAAACCGAUCUCAAGAACGUGGCUCAGUGACGUUUCCUGUGGCUGCAUGUACAUUCCUCUGUGUGUGUGUGUGUGUGUGUGUGUGAGAGAAAGAGAGAGUUAGACCUUUUUUCAGUAUAAACACCAGCAAGCAUAGUGUGACACGCUAAAAGUGUCAACAGGAUUUCGCAGCCUGUGAACUAAAGAACCUGAUGAAUGAUGUGAAGUGUGUUUGUUCAGCUUUUGAAAGGUGUGCUGCUAAGACACUAACACUGUAUGUGACACUGGAAAAGACAAGGAAGAAAGAGACACUGGCAUUGUUUCAAUGGACCAGUUUGAAAUUAUUCCCAUGCCUUUGUGAUAAGUACAGAGCUAGUCUGUCUGAAGAGAAAAAAAGAUUGUCUACCGACAAGCGUUUAUCUGUGGUACCAAACACUGCAGCCCCACUGUGGACACAGUUCUAAGCCUAGAUACAGGUCCAGCUCAUAAACUACAACUUGUCUUUUGUUGAUGUAUGGGCUAAAAAAUAAGAUGGCUAUUGUGAAAAACAAACAAAUAGAGCAGUGUUAAUGUUGUCUGUAGGGUUAUUUUUUGUCUUUGGACAGAGCUAGUUGCUUCAGUCUGUUUGCCCAACGAUGUCAGCUCGCAUACAUGAGACUGAGGUUGGUCUUCUCAUCUGACUGUCUGAAAGAAAGCAAAAAAGGUGUAUAAGGAAAAUGUUCUUGUGCUUAUACAAGGAUACGAAAAUGGCGGAGGUCACCGUCUUCCUCACUGUGGAUGUUCAGACUUACAUUAGACAGGAAUGUGUACGUUUCUGAAAAUAAACAAUAGCUGUUCUGUUUUUCAA